AUGAGUGAGUUUCUAAAGUUGGGGUCCAAUAGCGAUGAUGUUUGGAUUGUUGCCAUAUGGGGGAUUGGUGGAAUAGGCAAGACUACAAUUGCUAAAGCAAUGUAUAAUCGCGUACAUCGUAUUCAUCAGUUUCAAAGCAGUAGCUUUCUUAAUGAUGUUGGACGAACUUCUAGGGAUACCAAUGGUGUUGUUAAAUUACAAAAACAGCUUCUUUCGGAUCUCCUAAAGGAUGGAAAUGAGAAAAUAAGAUGCAAGGAUCAUAGAAUUGAGGUGAUUAAAAAGCGAGCAUGGCAUCGAAGGGUUCUUCUUGUUCUCGAUGACGUGGAUAAUGUGCGCCAAUUGAGGGCAUUAGCCAUAAAUCGUGAUUUGUUACGUGGUGGAAGUAGAAUCAUAGUAACAAGUAGAGAUUUGUCUUCAUUAAGUUCCCUUCGAUUGGAUAAGGUGAGUGAGGUGUAUGAGCUUGAUGUGUUGAAUGAGCAGGAAUCUCUCAAACUCUUCAGUUGGCAUGCCUUUAGGAGUAAUCGUCUUGAAAAAGAUUAUGAGUACCUCUCUCAGAAAGUAGUGAGUUCUGCCAAGGGGCUUCCUUUAGUUCUUGAAAUUUUAGGUUCUUUUUUGUCGGACAAAACUGAACCUGAAUGGAAAGGUAAAUUGGAGAAGUUGGAAAAGAUUCCUGAUCAUGACGUUCAACAAAAACUUGCAUUGAGCUUCAAUGCACUUGAUGAUAAACAAAAGGGUUUAUUCUUAGAUAUUGCAUGUUUUUUUGUUGGAAUGGACCAACAUUUGCCAAUCAAAAUUCUAAAAGGCUGUGAUUUCUAUCUGGAAUCUGAUAUUGGGGUUCUAUCUCGUCGUUGUCUUGUAAGUAUUGAUGGGCAUAACCAGCUGAAGAUGCAUGAUCUAAUUCAAGAUAUGGCUAGAGAGAUCGUCCGUCAAGAAUGUCCUGAAGAGCCGGGUGAACGUAGUAGAUUGUGGUUUCAUGAAGACAUUCUCGAUGUAUUGAGAAAUAACACAGUAAGAACCCAACACCUUAAUUGA